AUGAGUUCUGCAAUGAGCCAGUCCGGUGCCGACCCACAUCAACUCACGAUGAAGAGGGACCAAGAAGAAGCCUGUACUCACCGUGUAGCAGCGGCGGUCCGCGGUCAGGCUUCUUCCUCCUUCAGCCUCUCACCUCCACACAGGUCCUCUCCAAGUCAGCGUGGUGAUCUGUGCAUCCGGGGCAGACACGUUGUGCCCCUAAGACCGUCAGAGAACGAGGCUGAACGUGCUCAUUUACGUGCAGCUCUCACUUAUCCACAGGCGCCACGAUCACAGUCUCUGAGCGAGUGA